CUUCCACCUUCUCCUAUUUUCAUCAGCAGAGUGAGUCUGUAGAUUGGUGUCAGCUUCGACACUGCCUCCCCGCCUCUCUCUCCCUUUCCUGUCUACCCAUUUGUCUCCCUCUCUCUCUCCCUCUCUCUCAGGAGUGUCAAUCGGUGUGGUGUCAAUCACAGCGGCGGCUUCUCUUUCAUCUUCACGCUCACAGUCAUUGCAAGGAAGAGAACGGAGAGAGGAGGGGGAGGAGAGCAAGCUACUUUACAAACACAUCUACAGACGCUGCAUUACUCGUGGAGCGGCGCUCCAGUUUGGAACUCGGGUCUGCAGCGCUUCGCAUACGAUAUCUUAACAAUUUUUAUAGCUUUAUUACUGUUAAUUUAACACUUUCAGAGAUGUAUUCCGAAUUUAGAAGUAGAAAUGACCACUCGGCAAGUUAUAUUUAAAACACAGAGCACGCGUGUGAGUUCGUUACCUUUGUAGUGAUUCAACGUUUUUCGAGUUUAUUUUCUUGUUUUUCUUAUCUUAGUUAGUUGUAUUCUCUUUUCACUUUUCACAAGAGGACAGCUACUGGCACCAAGGUUGAGAACCGGGAACUACACGAGACAUCACUUCAUGCGGUUUUUGUUUAAUUUUACCACGGGACCGUCAAGGGAGCAAUUCAGAGUGUUUUCUUCCGCUUAUUUAUAAGGCACGUCUGAAGUCUAACUUUUGCCAUUUUUAAAGAGCCAAACAGGAGUGUGCCACACUCGGAGUGUACACAGAAUAUACGCUUUGUAGCGAUAACAUCUUUCAUUUUCUUAUUUUGGACUCAGUAAUUUGAAGAAUCCACAAUACAUACAAUUCAAACGUCAUAGCAAGCCGCACUCCUGUUGCUUUAGCCAAAACAUAAGCAGCGUGUUUGCACGCCGUGUGAUCACGCUCGACUUCAAGCAUAGAUUGUUACCUCUUUCUGGAAUCUCUCAACUUUCAGUUUCGGGAUUUUGAACCCCAUUCGAACUGUGUGGGUGCUUGAAUAAAUCAAAAUGCCACAGUUAGCCGGUGGAGGAGGCGGCGGGGACCCGGAGCUCUGCGCCACCGACGAAAUGAUUCCCUUCAAAGACGAAGGAGACCCACAGAAAGAACAGAUAUUCGCAGAGAUUAACCACUCGGAAGAAGAAGGGGACUUGGAUGAAAUCAAGUCCUCUUUAGUCAAUGAGACGGAGACAAGCCCACACAGUAACAAUCAUGAUUGCACCAGCUAUGGUGAGAUCAGAUGGAAAACAGGACCCAACCCUCUGGCAGGUAGACACUCCCAGAUAAUCCAAGACUCGUACCAUGAAAAGCUCAGAGACCAUACAGAUGAUGGCAAGCAUCAAGACAUGUACAACAAAGGGCACCCAUACUCUGGCUAUCCAGGCUACAUCAUGAUGAACAUGAACAACGACUCGUACAUGAACAACGGCUCACUCUCACCACCCAUGCCCAGAACGUCAAACAAGGUGCCAGUGGUGCAGCCGUCCCACGCCAUCCAUCCCCUCACCCCCCUCAUCACGUACAGCGAUGAGCACUUCGCUCCGGGCCCCCACUCUGGACACCACCCCCAGGACAUGAACAUCAAGUCACAUCAAGGUAUGCAGAGGCAUCAUCAACAAGACAUUCCCAACUUCUAUCCCUUGUCCCCGGGAGGAGUUGGACAGAUCACUCCCCCACUGGGAUGGUUUUCCCACCACAUGGUUCCAGGUCCCCCUGGGCCCCACGCAACAGGCAUCCCUCACCCUGCUAUCGUUAACCCACAGGUCAAACACGAGCCCCACCACGAGACCGACCUGAUGCACAUGAAACCUCAGCACGACCAGAGAAAAGAGCAAGAGCCCAAAAGACCUCACAUCAAGAAACCUCUAAACGCUUUCAUGCUGUAUAUGAAAGAGAUGCGGGCCAACGUGGUGGCCGAGUGUACGCUGAAGGAGAGCGCCGCCAUCAACCAGAUCCUGGGGAGGAGGUGGCAUGCUUUAUCUCGGGAAGAGCAAGCUAAGUAUUACGAAUUAGCCCGCAAGGAACGGCAGCUCCACAUGCAGCUCUACCCAGGCUGGUCCGCCAGAGACAAUUAUGGAAAGAAGAAGAAGCGGAAGCGGGAGAAGAUGCAGGAACAGGCCACAGGAGGGAAACGGAAUGCGUUCUCUACAUGUAAGGCGAAGGCUGCAGCUACAGGCCCCCUUUUAGAGAUGGAAGCCUGCUAAAUUCCAUGACCUUUUCUUUCCCUCCUGACACGUCUGCCAGAGGAACCCUGAACAAGACCACACUCCUCCUCUCCUCUCCUGCAGUCACUGAACAGAGAAAAACACUGAACUGAACUGAGAAAAGACAAUCAAUCCUUUUCAAAGCCCCGUACCCCCCUCACAGACAGGCCCCUCAAUCAAACGAACCAAACAGAGACGGCGUCUGUUCCAGUUCCUUUUUCUUUUCUCUUUGACUUGUUUUAUUGUCAUCAAAGCCCUAGGCAUUGCACUGAACACAGCCAGCAAGUUUUCAUGCGCGCACCUCUCCACCCCACCCAGACGCUCUCACAUGUACACCCCCCCCACGCAGACGCACCCAAACCUCCCCGAUGGCCCCCACGCCAGCUCUGGGGACGGACCUGACCGGACCGACGCCGCAUCCGGUCCAGACUCCACCACCACCUGGGCAGCUGUUUUGGUCCUAAGUUAUUAAGUUAUUUUGCACCUUUUUGUUCCUAUCAGCACAGUCCACUAAGUUCAUCCCGAUCACUCUUUUGGUUUGGUUCUCCUCGUGGCUGACGUUAGUCUGAAGCUCCAGACGCUCAGCCAUCUUCAGGGGCCCCAGCACCUCUUAGCACCCUGCUGUCACAAGGAACACUUACCAGGACCCUGUGCCAUCACUGACGACAUCCUUUCAAGACUCCAGUUGGGUUUUCUGACCAGGGGGGUGCAAAAAGGAUCAACAUUUCACUCUGUUCACAUCUGAUGUUGAAAUUAAUUUUGAAUGCCUUUUUUUGUAAUUUUUUUUUACUUUUCAUUUCAUGGUGUAUAUUUCAAGUGAGAUUUUUUUUCUUUUUUUUUUGUUGUCAUUUUAUAUAUAUAUAUAUAUCUAUAUAUAUAUACUGGUAUAUAUGAAAAUAAGCUUUGGAGACAGGAAAGCCAUUUCUUCUUGUUGAAGCAUCCUGCAGAAAUCAAAUGAAUAGGCGUCUUUUUGAUAACUAUUUGUUACAGAUAGUGACCUCUCAGUCUUGCUCUAAUGUAAAAUAAUGCUCAAUAUAUGUACUUUUUAAAGAAAAAAACAUCUUCAGGAUGCAUCACUUGGUAUUUUUGCAGGCAACGUUAGAAUAGGUGUGCAGAUGCCUCUAUUUUCUUCUUCUAAAUGGAGACAUGAAGCAGAUAUAUAUAUACAUAUAUAUAUAUUUACCCCAGCACUUGGCAGUCUUUCUUUUUUGCGAUGUACCUCUGUCUUCUCUUUCUAGUAGGUAUUAGUGUGGUAUUUUGCCAUGUUCUUUAUUCCAUGCAAGCAUUUCUGUAACAUUUUAUCAAUUUUAUGUUCUUUUUUUAGUAUUACCUGAUGCAUUUUUUUACUCAUUGUCCUAUUUUAAAUCAUUGUCAUCUUGGUUUAGCAUUUCGCUUCCAAGUGGUCACAUUUUAACUGUGUUUCAACAUGUCUUGUUUUUUUUUUUUAAGAAAAUAAACAGGCAUCAUUGACUGAAAA